GCCAACUAAAUCUCCUUGAGGCUGGACUACUCAUCAAGAUCUUACAUCUGUCCCCACGUGCUCUAGACGCGCUGGAGGUCUCCCUCCUUAAAGGGCUCUCCAGUUCUGCAAGAAACCCACAGAGAUGCCCCUUUGGUGCUGCCACACACUGGGCCUGGCCCCAAGGAACCCUCCGGCUGGAGGAAACAGCUGCACACAGACAUCCCAAACCACUGGGUCCUUUAACUGAAGGCCCCACCUGCUGGACCACACUAUCCUUGCCAUGGAGAAUCUUUCAAAACCUUCCUCUGCUUGACAUAUGGGAGAGAAUCUGGAAGAAGGGGACUUGGGAGAGCUCCACCGUGUCCUUCCCAGUCUGCGUCCGGGUCCCGAGGCGGGGCCACGCCCAAGUGCCCGCCCUCUAUGCAAAUGUAUCAUCCCGCCCAAUCAGCUCCUGGGGGCAGGGCCGCGGCUUUCAAGGCACCUGUGGCCGCGGAGUACUGGGCGCUCUGCGAGGCUGCUGCAGUUUCGUGCGCUCGUCCUAGGGUCCAGGCGGACAGAGCAGACCAACGGUGCUCUGCCCAGCCUAGGACAAUGGGGAGGAAAAAAAUACAGAUCUCACGCAUUCUGGACCAAAGGAAUCGGCAGGUGACAUUUACCAAAAGGAAGUUUGGGCUGAUGAAGAAGGCCUAUGAGCUGAGCGUGCUCUGCGACUGUGAGAUCGCACUGAUCAUCUUCAACAGCGCCAACCGCCUCUUCCAGUACGCCAGCACGGACAUGGACCGUGUGCUCCUCAAGUACACGGAGUACAGUGAGCCCCACGAGAGCCGCACCAACACCGACAUCCUCGAGACACUGAAGCGGAGGGGUGUGGGCCUCGAUGGACCAGAGCUAGAGUCAGAUGAGGGACCUGAGGGGCCAGGAGAAAAGCUGCGGAGGCUGGCAGGUGAUGGGGGUGAUCCAGCCUUGCCCCGGCCCCGGCUCUAUCCAGCAGCCCCUGCUAUGCCCAGCCCAGACAUGGUAUAUGGGGCCCUGCCCCCACCAGGCUGUGACUCCAGUGGGCUUGGGGAGGCCCUCCCUGCCCAGAGUCGCCCAUCCCCCUUCCGGCCAGCAGCCCCCAAAGCUGGGCCCCCAGGCCUGGCCCACCCUCUCUUCUCACCGAGCCACCUUGCCAGCAAGACACCACCACCCCUGUACCUGACAGCUGAUGGACGGAGGUCAGACCUGCCUGGUGGCCUGGGAGGGGGCCGAGGGGGACUGAGCACCUCGAGAGGCCUCUAUGGCAGCCUGCAGAGUCCAUGCUCUGCGGCAGCUCCAGGACCCCCACUUGCAAGCUUCCCCUUCCUCCCAGCAGGGCCCCCAGAAUAUGGCCUUGGAGACCCCCCUCCGCCCCCGGGCUUGCUGCAGCCCCCUACCCUGGCCCCCUGGCAGCCCUCGAGGGGUGAUGGGCCCCUAGCCGCCGCUGCCCAGCCCAGUGGGGGCCGCAGCUUGGGCGAGGAGGGUCCACCACCGCGCGGUGCCUCCCCAACGACCCCCCAAGUCAGCAUCAAGUCUGAGCGCCUCUCUCCAGCACCCGGGGGCCCUGGCGACUUUCCCAAGACCUUUCCCUACCCCUUGCUCCUGGCCCGGCCCCUGGCAGAGCCCCUGCGGCCCGGGCCCCCACUGCGCCGGCUACCUGCUGCGGACAGCUGGCCUCGGUAGUGGACUUGGGGGUGGCACUGGCGCCCCCUAUGCCCGGCUGGGCGAAGUCACGUAGGCUCACCCCCUUUCUCCCUGUGUCUUUAGAGAAGACCCAGUGGAUACAGCCCCCUCCACUCUGGGGGCCUGGAGGAGGAAGGCUGGGUUGGGAUCCAUGGUCGUGGGGCUUGGUUUCCCCUUCCUGAGUGUGCACCCACCAAUAAAACGUGCGUGGCCUCUG